AUGUCCCCCAACGGCGCUUUCAGCGUUGCUCAACUCGGUCAGCUUGAUGCCAACACCAAGAUCGGAUUCUCUGCUACCUCGGAUUGCAAGCAGACGUACACGCCGGACUUGAAGGAAUUGAUGGCGCUGGAGAAGAGUCAAGCUUGCACGGGGUAUGUCGUCGGUGACAAAGAAUCGAAGGGAGUUGUCCCUGAACAAAUUGCAGACAACAAAAGUGGAAGUGACGCGAAGAAGAGCGACAAGCAGCAAGCUCAGCAGGGGUCUCAGCAGCCAGGUUCCGCAGAGCAAGGUGGUCUGGUCAGGCGCAACAAUGCGCCCUUCAGUGGUUUCUUCAAGAAGAGAACCACUGAUGAGUCGCACAUCAUGAUGCCAGCGCCCGCCGACCUGGGCGAUGGAAGCAAGCCUGACGUGCCUGCGAGUCAGAGCAAGGGUCAACUCUCGUACGUGAUGCUUGUCCAGGCUUGA